GCCAGGAGAUGCCCAAACACAGGCGCGAGCAGAACCUCUUCCAGACGGUGCGGCUGAUGAUGGAACAGUUAGCCAAGUUCCGGAGCACCCUGGUCUCCGACACGCUGACCAAGGACCAUGCUCGGGACCUCAAACAUGAGGUGGUCACCAUCAUUGACUGGGGCAAUGGCAAACUGGGUAUGGAUCUGGUGCCUCGGGUAGAGUACAGACAGGCGGACCCCGAGAAGGUCAGCGUGGUGGAAAUGUUCCGCAUACAUGAACGUAGUGUGGAGAACUGCAAAUCAGCACUGAUGGAGCACUUGACGCCACCAACAAGGAACAUGGCUCGGAGGAAAUCUUAUCCUGUAAAGAUCACGAUGCCAGAGGUAAGCUUCCUGACACAGUCCUUUAUCGUACAAAACUUUUGAUGUUUCUCUCCAAGUCCCCCCUCGUUUGCGUAUGGAGAUAAAAGCAACACCCCAUCAUCAAGGCCCGCUGUUUGACUCCUGCAUGGUUUGCACACACACAUACCUUUCUCCAGACCUCUCACCAGCAGCUGGUUUAUUAAUUUUUUUUUGUUGCAGUAUGAAUCCCAUGUUGUGUUUUUGAACGUUCCUCUGCUAUCAAGCAUCUUUUUUUCUGCAGGGUGAGUCAAAAUUAUGUUAACACUAGUAUGAGAUUAACUGAAGAACUUUAUUUUAAAAACUUAGACUAUCCCUUAGUCUUAGAUGACUGUUGGGGCACCAAUGAUGAUUGGGCAACUACUUUUCUCCAUCCUUCUCUAUCUUCAGCCUUUCGGAGGGCUUCACCCAGCUUUAAACCUGUCCCAUUCUGUUAUUUUGUCUACCCAUCUCUUUUUAUGUCUCCCUUUUUCUUUUCCUCUUUGUACAGUGCCCUGUGGGAUCAUCUUUGCAAGUCCUGUUGAUCUUGUUAUGUGCCCAUACCAUCUCAGUUUGCGUUUUUUCACAGUGUUGAGAUCUUCAAAGGGCCCAAUGGCUUGCCUGAUUUUGUUCAGAAUACAAGUUGUCAUAUUCAAGGAUUCCCCGCAAAAUGUGCGUCAAGACACUAAAUUGAAUUGUACGGUUGAUUGCUGUUUUUGUUGUUGUAUAUUGAUCAUGCUGGUAACUAGGUUGAGACCAGUAUAAUUAUAAUAUUCCGAAUAAAUUAUUUCUCCCGUGCUAGCGUUUGCAUAAUUUUGACUCACCCUGUAUAGUGAAUAGGCUGUAUUCAAGGGAAGCAACAAUAAGUAUCGUCGAAACUGUCGAAACUGUUGAAGACGUCCAUCCAUCGACAAGGAGAAAGUAAGUUAUCUGGGACCGGUGGGCGUCUUAGACACAUACCCCCCAAAAAAAACCCUUUAAAAAGAAAAAAAAAGGAAUAGAAAAGGGGGGAGGGGGGAUGGGAAGUGACCUUUUGUACAGAUAAUUGUCUUGGACAGGUGACCGUUUGAGCAUGUUAAUCCGCUCUUGCAAUAUUCAUAUAAUAUGUAAAAUGUUUCAUGCAAUGUUCAUAUAAUAUGUAAAAUCUGUAUGGGAAGGAAGGAUUUUAUAUACACAUUAUUUUUU